AUGAGAAAGUUGUAUAUUGUUAUAAAUGCUGUCAUAAAAGAAAUUCUUGUUAUUAAUAAUGUGAGAAUUUUUAAUGACGUAUUGAAAAUAGAUGUAACACAAAAUUUAUGUGGAAAUGAUAAUCUUGAAAAUGUUUAUAUCGAUAUCGACAUGCAAUUUUAUUUAAAUAUCGAUACGUUUAUCAAUUUAAUUUUUUUAAUGCUGAUUCCCAUAGGCAUCGGUCUCUUAAGACCAUUAAUAACAUCAAAAUCGCGAUUAAAAUAUUCAGAGAUUUUUCGAGAAUUUGCAUCAUCCACUUCUCAACGAACAUCAGACCAACAAGCAAUAAAGAAUGAUGAUAAAAAGGAACCGGAAACUAAUUUUGGAUUUAAAUAUGUUCCUGAGAGCAUGAAAGAAAAAUUAGUUGGUCAAGUAUUCACAAAUGUAGCUUCAAAAUAUGACGUUAUGAAUGAUGCGAUGAGUUUAGGUAUCCAUAGAUUAUGGAAAGAUUAUUUUAUUCGUACAAUGGCACCUGGACCUGGAACAAAGUUAUUGGAUGUUGCCGGAGGAACUGGUGACAUAGCGAUGGGGUUUCUCAACUAUUGCAAAGAAAUUCAUGGAGAUACGAGUGCUCAAGUUACAUUACUAGAUAUUAAUCCUGAAAUGGUGGACGUAGGCAGAGAAAGGUUUAAAAAGACUCCUUAUAAUCAAACAUCUCAGAUCCAAUUUGAAAUAGGAAAUGCAGAGAAUAUUUCCACAAUUCCGUCAAAUUCAUUUGAUGUUUACACAAUAGCAUUUGGUAUACGUAAUUGUACACACAUAGAUCGUGUAUUAUCCGAAGCCUAUAGAGUGUUAAGACCAGGUGGAAGGUUUAUGUGUUUGGAGUUUGGAAAAGUUCAAAAUUCUGUUAUUUCUUCAAUUUAUAAUUUAUAUUCGUUUCAAAUAAUCCCGGUACUUGGACAAGUAAUUGCAGCAGAUCGAGAUUCGUAUCAAUACUUGGUAGAAAGUAUUCAACGGUUUCCUUCUCAAGAUAAGUUUACUGAAAUGAUAAAAGAUACUGGGUUUACUGUCACUGGUAAAGGAUGGGAAGAUUUAACGUUUGCACCAGAUACAGAAUACUCUCCUCCUGGAAGGAGGAAGAUUGCAUGGUUCGAUAUCAUGACCCUUAACCACCAUCUAGACUUCCAGUACCCGAAACAAGCGCUGCAGUAA